AUGACCACAGUCCUCGAGGCCUGCAGACCUUCAUGGGCGCCCAGUCUAGAAGUGGUCCCACGAGGCCCAAAGAUGGGCGCGGGCCUAUUCUUCGUAUACGUGCUCUUCAAGACCGUCGUCUGCCAUUUCUUGAUGACGCUUCUCUGGAUGAUCGGCGUCGAAUGUGCUCAACAUCCUCAUGGGGCGUACGGGGUCGUCGCUGAUUGGGUGCCUUCUUUGGGAUUCCUCAGAGAUUAUCCUCAGUUCGAUUUUCUUACGCCCGCUCCAUUCGGGGGAGCAGCCUGGUUUGCAAUCGAUACGCUGGGCGGAAUACUAACUCUUCUGGAGGUGAUUCUGUACCAAGUAGGACCGUAUGUUCUACCGAAAGAUCUAGCGCCAGGGAAAUUCGACUCGACCCUGUACCCCCCCUUAUUCAACGACUUACACGCCCGCGAGAGCUUGAUAGCGUUCUGGUCAAAAGGUUGGCAUGCUAUCUUUCGGAGGAACAUCGUCUUCUGUGGCUGGAAUCCGAUGGAAUAUCUCUUCUCGUCCUUCGGGAAAGAUGCUGCUAAGACGGCCGGCAUGAUGGGCGGAAUGAUCUUCAGCGGAAUUUUCCACGAAUACCUAAUCGCGGCGGUGUCCAAGAUCGAUUGGAAGUUCCCGACGGUCUUGAUGUUUACUCUCUGUGGACUAGGCAUGGUCACGGAGGUCCAAUUCAAACGCCAGACAGGACUCCUUGUCAAAGGCAUUCCCGGACGUUGGUGGCUGGUGCUUGUGAUUGGAGCGGGUGGGAAAUACAUGGUCGACAGCUGGAUGGCAAGGGGGUUGGGCAGGAGCGAUAUGCCGCCGCCCAGACUGUGGACGUGGCCGAGAUUCCUGGUUCCGUUCUCGGGAUUAAUGCCAGAAAGAUGGAUAUCUCGCAUUGAAUCUUGGGUGCCUUAAGUCGUUGUUCGUUCAUCGCCUGUAUAGAAGGAGUCUUUUUCUCUAUAUUAAUUAUUGGCUUAUAACACCAAAAAAAAAAACUGGUGUACUCAUUCCACCCCAAUUUCACAGUAGAUUCCCUUUGUAUAGUUCUUUAUAGCCUUCUUAUUACCGUCUCACAUUCUAGCCCACAAGUAUCAGAUCUGUGUACAUCAACAUAGAGAGCCCUCUUCAUGUCAGGGAAAACAAAAACCAAUCUCUUCUGCUAAUUGUUGAUUGUAGCUCAGACAAGAUUUCACUCAUUGUUUUUCUUUUGGUUCCUUUUUUUUCCUUCUUUUUUUAUGGGAAAUGAGAUACCUAUCAAAGGGGGUUCC